ACUGAGUUAACUCACCGCGUUUCCACUUUGUUUCGAAGCUCUCACAAACCCUAGCGCUUCUUCUGGUUUUUCGAACUCGCAACCGUUUCUUCCCUCAACCAGGCGAUUCAUCGUUUCACGCACUGUUCCAUUGCAGCAUCACCCCCAAAUUUUCCACUGUUUUUUUCUGAUAGUGGAAGUUCCACAGAGUAGUACUAGUAAUGGAUUUCGAUGAAUAUGAUUAUUUGGAGAAAACAGUUGAAAAUCCUGAACUGUUGAAGGAGAAUCAAAAUGGUGGUGACGCAGGGGGAAAAUCAGAAGAGAGACACCGCCGUAGUAGUCGGAGUUCCAAGCAUAGGGAUAUUGAGAAGGACGAUGGUUAUGACAGGCAGAAAGAACGAGGCUCUUCGCGUCACCGUUCACGGUCGCGAGAUGGGGACAGGGACAAGGACCGGCAUAGAGGCUCUGAGGGGUAUAGGGAUAGGAAGAGAGGGAGGGAUAGAGACAAUGAAGAUAAGCAUGGAAGGGAGAGAGACAGAGAUAGAGAAAGAGACCAACGAAGGGACCGUGCGAGUGAGAGCGAAAGGGAAAGGGAGAAAGAGAGCUUGCGGCGAAGCAGAAGUAGAUCUGAAAGACUGGUUCCAAGUGAGCUGGAUGGCAGAGACGGAGAGAAGAGUCGCGAUAGGGACUAUAGAGGCAAUGGAAGAAACCAGGAUAAGGAUUAUGGAGACAGAGAAAGGGCGAGGGAAACAAUCGAACGCGAUAGAGAAGGCACCACCAGACGACAUAAAGAGAAAAAGGAAGAAAAGGCAGAACCUGAGGUUGAUCCGGAAAGAGAUCAAAGAACUGUAUUUGCUUAUCAGAUUUCUCUUAAAGCGGAUGAAAGAGAUGUAUAUGAAUUCUUCUCAAGGGCUGGCAAGGUGCGAGAUGUUCGCUUGAUUAUGGACCGCAAUUCAAGACGUUCUAAGGGUGUUGGGUAUAUUGAGUUCUAUGAUGCCAUGUCCGUACCCAUGGCAAUAGCACUUUCAGGCCAACCUAUUCUUGGUCAUCCUGUGAUGGUGAAGCCAUCAGAAGCAGAAAAGAAUUUGGUUCAGUCCACAGCAUCUGUUGCUAAUGGAUCCACUGGACUUGGAGGUGGCCCUUAUUCUGGGGGUGCUAGAAGAGUGUAUGUUGGCAAUCUGCAUUUCAAUAUUACUGAAGCUGAUCUGCGUGGGGUCUUUGAAGCAUUUGGUCAGGUUGAACUGGUCCAGCUGCCUCCUGAUGAAAGUGGGCAGUGCAAAGGUUUUGGCUUUGUGCAGUUUGCCCGUCUUGAAGAUGCAAGAAAUUCCCUGGGCUUGAAUGGCCAAUUGGAGAUAGGUGGCAGGACUAUCAAGGUAUCAGCUGUUACUGAUCAAAAUGGUAUGCAAGAAGCUGGAGGAAAUGCUGGUGAUUUUGAUGAUGAUGAAGGUGGUGGCUUGUCCUUGAAUGCAUCUUCUCGAGCAUCACUCAUGCAGAAGUUGGAUCGUAGUGGCACUACACCAAGGUUUAUCCCUUGCCAUUUUGCUUUUCAUAUUUUGAGAUCAUCAAUAGACAAUAUGACAGUAUAUAAUCUCUCCUCUUGUGCUUUUAUCGGCAGCAUGGUUGGUUUCCUUGGUGAUUCUGCUGUCAACAACACAAGCCUUAACCUGCCAGUUGGAGGUCUCCAAAUUCCCACAGCUACAAUUCCUUCAGUAGAUACUAUUGGUGUUCCAAGUGAAUGCUUAAUGUUAAAGAAUAUGUUUGACCCCAAAGCUGAGACGGAACCGGAUUUUGAUUUGGAUAUUAAAGAAGAUGUUGAAGCAGAAUGCUCUAAAUUUGGGAAGUUAAAGCACAUAUAUGUUGAUAAGAAAAGUGCUGGUUUUGUCUACUUAAGAUUUGAAGCUACUCAAGCUGCAAUAGGUGCCCAAAGGGCCUUGCAUGGAAGAUGGUUUGCAGGGAAGAUGAUCACUGCAAGCUUCAUGGUACCCCAGUCAUAUGAGGAUAGAUUUCCAGAGAGCAGAUAAUUGGGGUCCAGUAUUCAGUAGCAUGCUGAGGACUUGUAGCAAAAGUAGCCAUGCUCAUAAUUUUAUUUCACUUACUGCUCGGGGUGUUUCUACAUACUGGAUUUACUUGAAGUUCCCCAUAAUUCAAACCAAAGCAAUUAUAUUGGUUGAGACUGGUUUUGAUAAUUAGUUUACACAACUAAAAAUCCGAACUUAAUCCAUUAUAAAUCUAUAAUGUUAGAUUUUCAGUUUUUUUUUUUCCAACUAGAACCGAUCAAGAAUACUUGAUAAUUUUUUUGUUUAUUUUAAAACUUUUACGUUUUUAUGUAUUGAAUACUUUCUUCUUA